AUGGAUAUGCAUAUUUAUACGUUUGAUGACCAUGGUGUCUCUACUGAUCCUCAAGUUUUGAACGCGGCACCAUCUCAAUCUUCCCCAUCAUCCCAACAUGAAUCUAUCAACAAGAAUCGCUUUAAAGCCGGGCAUUGCGUGGUCAGCUUCUUAGAUAAUGACCUACAGUUACGUGGCCCAAAGCUGAAAAAGGGCAGCCUCUAG